AUGGUCGGUAUACCAACGGAGUAUACGGGCAUGUUCCCUAUCUUGAACGAGAACAAAGGAGACCCCAUCACCGCCGCUGAGGAGAUCCCCAGUGAGCUACUGGAAAAGGUCCAACUCUAUGUAUCCGCCAAGGGCUGUGAUUUUGUCGUGUUUCUGCAGGUUGUCUGGGCCAUCACUCUGCGACAAUAUGUGGACACUGAGUUUCUCUCAUAUGCCUACUGUCAUACUGGGGAGACUGGGGAGACUAGGUCUGCUGUACAGAUAUGUCAGGUGUCAAUCGGCCCCGAAGACUCUAUCGAAGGCCUUUGGUCACGCAUUGAACAGCUGGACUGCCUGGACGGGUCGUCAUUUCACCAGACAAAGCAGAACACGGGCCUCUUAAUAUCCGGGGCAACUUCCACAUCGAAUCCUGCGGUCUUGCUGAAUGACUUCAGAGGGCUACAGAAGAAUUGUCAAGCCUUACUCGUCUUGGAGGGAGUCCCUCAGCCUCACCGGCUGGUCUUCACAUACUCGACGGCUCUGUUAUCCAGCUCUCAAGCUGCUGAUGUUAUUUUGACAAUCUCUCAAGUAAUUUUGGAGCUCUUGCAGGAUUGCAGUCAGACUGUUGGGCAGUUGAAUUUGUUUAAUCCGCUCAUCGAGGAGUUUGUCCCUGAGUUGAAUGGUCGUCAAGGCUCACUGGAAAGUAACAGCCCAUCUAUCAUUGACACAAUCCGGGCAAAGGCCAUUGAGCAGCCAGAUGCUACAGCAAUCUGUGCGUCAGAUGGAGAGCUAACGUAUGAUCAACUUGAGACCACAAGCACUAGACUGGCGCUCCAUUUGCGCGGUCUGGGAGUUGGCCCAGACGUGAUGGUACCACUCUUGUUCCACCGGUGUCAAUGGGUUAUCGUCGCUCAGCUGGCAGUGCUUAAGGCUGGCGGCGCAUUUGUGCCGCUGGACCCUGUCCACCCAGAUGCUCGUCUGACAAACAUCAUCGGACGUAUCAAAUGUGGUGUUCUGCUAACAUCGGAGGUUUAUGUUGACCGAGGGUCAAUGGUAGCGGAGAAUGUUGUCUGUGUAGGCCACAGUCUCAUAUCGGACUUGCCUUGCGAUAACAAUACUGGCUACAAGCUGCUGCCCCCGCCAAAUCUAAAUACCCCAGCAUAUGUACUCUUCACCUCCGGUAGCACUGGGGAGCCCAAGGGAUGUGUUAUGCAGCAUCAAGCAAUGGCGCAGAUACCCAACCAAAUCGGGGUCCAGUCUCUCGGUCUCUCGGCCAGCUCUCGAGUAUUGCAGUUUACUUCAUAUGGAUUUGCCAUCUCCAUAUUUGAAAUAUACCACUCCCUGUGUUUGGGGGCCACUAUCUGCAUCCCAUCCGAUCAUGAUCGCAUCAACAACUUGGUCGGUGCUAUGGAAGAGAUGAAAGUCACCUGGUCGAUCAUGACCCCAUCUUUGUUACGAAACCUCGAUCCCAGUCAAAAGCCCGCUACCUUAGAAACCGUCCUACUUAGCGGCGAGCCAGUGUUCAAAGAGGAAUUCGAUGGCUGGGCUGCCGUUGUCGACUUGGUUCAGGUGUAUGGUGCAAGUGAGGGGUGUGGGCCGAUCGGCUUCAUGAUUCCCGAUGUGAUGGCCUUCCGCCCGCUUCCCAACUUGCGAUUCUGGGUUGUGGACGCCGUUGACCAUCACAAACUUGCACCAAUAGGAGUUGUUGGCGAGUUAAUACUUGAAGGACCCUCUCUCGCACAUGAAUAUCUGAAUGAUCCUCUCACCACAUCCUCCGCCUUUAUCGAGGCUCCCGCCUGGCGACGGUCCAAAGCCCUGCUCAAUGUUGCCCCCAGAUCCCUCUACAAAACAGGAGAUCUCUUCCGCUACAACCAGGACGGCAGCAUUAGUUAUGUUGCGCGGAAAGCGCUGGAUGUCAAGAUUCGAGGGAAACGAGUUGACCUCAAGGAGGUUGAAUAUCAGGUGCGCCAAUGCUGUCCGGAUGCCACACGAGUGAUUGCAGUGGCCGCAUCCCCAGCCGAUGCGAAAACACUUCUUUUGGCCGUUUUCCUACAUUCUCCACGUUAUAUCAUCGACCAGAAAGAGGAGUCUCACGGUCUCUUCGCUCCCUCCUCCGAGCCAUUUCAUUCCGAGGUGCAAAUGAUUCGCGAAAGGCUGUUGGAACUAGUACCGGAUCAUAUGUGGCCAUCCUUCUACAUCCCACUUAGGUCUAUUCCAAUGACCGUUACAGGGAAGGUUGACAUGAGGGCGCUCCGCAACUGUUUGCAGAAGUCCACUCGCCACGAAUUGGAAGCCUACCAACCAUCCGCGAGAGUUGAAAUGGCUCAACCGGCCACUCAGAUUGAGAUGUGCCUUCAUGGUGUCUUUGCCCAAGUUCUUGGGAUGGAUGGUUCGAGUUUUGGAGUCCACCACAGCUUCAUAAGCCUUGGAGGAGACUCCUUGUCAGCGAUGAAGGUGGUGAGCUUGUGCCAAACCAAAGGAUACCCUGAAGUGACGGUGGAAGAGGUUCUGCGUCAACAAACCAUUCGGAAAUUGGCACUGAAUCUGGAAAGAUCGGCGGGGACAGAGUUGUCUUCUACAAUUCCCCCGCAACCCUUCUCUCUUCUUCCCGGAGUAGACCAAGAUGACAUGAACCCUCUCCUCUCAUUCACAGCAGGGCAAUGCAAGGUUCCGGUUGAUGCUAUUCAAGAUAUGUACCCUUGCACGGCACUUCAAGAGGGUUUGAUGGUAUCCACCAUCAAAGCACGAGACAUGUACAUCGCGCGGUGCGUCUUCGACCUGACCACUGGACUUGACUUAGAACAGCUGAAAGCCGCGUGGCAGACAACGGUGAAUGCCAAUGUGAUGCUUCGAACAAGGAUCGUGCAGAGCCCAUCAGACGGGAUGAUCCAGGCUGUCCUCUGCCAGGACCAAUCGAUCAUCAAGUGGGAGAGCUUUCCCUCGGUCGAGGCGUACCACAGCGAGGAUAAGGCUCUAUCUAUGGGACUGGGCGACCCACUGGUACGAUUCAGCUUGAUUGGGGACCCUUCAUUGGAGCUGUCCCUCGCAAUCACCCUACACCAUGCUAUCUUCGAUUUCUACUCGCUGGGUCUGUUGCUAGCACAGGCCCAGAGAGCGUACUGCGGAGAAACACUUGAACUCAACAUAUUCAGCCCUUUUAUUCAAACUAUCCAGAAGCAAGACAACUCGGCCGAGGAAGAGUUCUGGAAUACUACUUUCGCCGACCUUCAGGCUCCGAUAUUUCCACCACUUCCCCAUGAUACGGCCGUGCCCAUAGCAACAGCGCACCUGGAGCAUACUGUGACGCUUCCGCAUCAAACAGACUCCGACAUUACGUUGUCCAAUAUCGCCCGCCUGGCAUGGGCCAUAGUUGUGUCAAACCACACUGACUCCGAGGAUGUUGCGUUUGGCGUGACGGUUGCCGGACGCGCCACAUCAACCCUUGGCGUUGCAGAGAUGACUGGGCCUACUAUUGCAACUGUUCCAUUCCGAGUACGCUAUAACCAAGCGGACACGGUUGCACACGCCCUUUCAACAGUACAGUCUCUCGCAAUUCGUAUGAUUGCCUUCGAACAAACUGGCUUGCAGAAUAUUCGUCACAUGAGCCUCGAGGCAGCUUCAGCGUGCAAUUUUCAGAGCCAAUUGAUAUUCCAACAGCCGGAAAAGGUCCACACCGACAAUGACUCUUUGAUCAUGAAGGGCAAGACAGCUCAAUAUGGACUGGAAGACUUUAGUGUAUUUAUCAACUACGCUAUUGGGUUGAUAUGCACACCAUCCGCCGGAAACCAGUCUCUCCACCUCAACGUUCACUUCGAUCGCAAUAUCCUUCCUGAGGCUAUGGCGAAUCGUCUGGUGAACCAGUUUGCAAACAUCCUGCAACAACUGUGUGCAAAUCAGAGCCAGCGCAUAGAACAGCUAGAUCUCGUCAGUCCCCGGGAUUUGGAAGUCAUGAAAACGUGGAAUGGAACUAUGCUGCCAGUGGAAUCUCCACACACACUACAUGAGUUAAUCUUGCAAAACACACAAAAUGAGCCUUUAGCACCGGCAGUGUCCUCAUGGGACCAGAGUCUCACGUAUCAAGGCCUGGAAGCACUUUCCAACAACAUCGGUCACCUGAUCAUUCAAGCUGGGGUCAAACUGGGUGAUCGCGUUGCUUUAUGCCUUCAGAAGUCUGUAUGGUCUGUUGUGAGCAUGCUCGCAGUGUUACGUGCCGGUGCAGUUGGAGUCAACAUCGAUCCAUCACUGCCUCCAGCGCGAAUCGCGGCCAUUCUCCAGGCAGCGCAACCUUCCCUGGUUCUCACGUCAGAUGAAACACACCCCACAGUGCAAUCCGCUCAAAGCGGGCUUCCACUCGUUGAAAUAUCGCCUCGAACACUAACCACAGCGCCGACAAGAGAGACUACAAAAGUGACAGAAUGGCCAUCGGUAAAGCCCAACGACGUGGCCUUUAUGAUUUUCACUUCGGGAACGACUGGAACGCCCAAAGGAAUUGUCAUUGAGCAUCGCCAUUUCACCACGGCCUUUUACCACCAACGCGAAGCUUUAGGUGCAUACGCUGGCAUGCGAUCUUUACAUUUCUGCAGCUACGCGUGGGACAUGAGUCUACAAGAAGUCUUUUUCACCUGGGUCUAUGGAGGCUGUCUUUGCAUCCCCUCUGAAACGCAGCGAAUGUCUAACCUAGCUGGCUUCAUCCGAGAGCAUCGGGUCAACUGGGCUACCAUGACUCCUUCGGCGUUGACGAUUCUCACCCCUGACGAGGUCCCUGGUCUCACUACAGUGCUUGUCGCCGGUGAGAAUGUCCCCAUCGAGUUGAUGGAGACGUGGUCGUCUCGUCUCCGGAUGAUCAAUGGGUACGGUCCGGCGGAAGCAUUCACCUGUGCUGCCGGCCAGAUUGAGCCCAAUCUGCAUUGCCUUGGUCGUAUUGGAUCAAUGGUGGGAACAGCAGGCUGGAUCACGCUCCCAGGUGAUGUGAGUCGCCUGGCCCCCCUCGGAGCCAUUGGAGAGUUACUUCUCGAAGGUCCAAUGGUGAGUCGUGGGUACUUCAACGAACCCGAGAAGACUCUCGAGGCCUUUAUCGAAGCUCCAGCAUGGCUGAAAAAGAUUCGUCCGGAUGGUUCCACUGGCCGCAUUUUCCGCACAGGGGACCUGGCACGAUUUGACGAGAAUGGAUCCUUGCAUUUCGUGAGCAGAAAGGAUACCCAAGUAAAGCUACGAGGGCAGCGUAUUGUCUUAGGUGACAUUGAGCACCAGGUACAGCUUCACUUUGCCUCAGCUCAGCAGGUUGUAGUCGAUGUCAUCCAGCCCCAGCAUUUGACCUCAGUAUUGCUUGUCGCUUUCAUCUACCAAGGGCACAAUGAAGAUAACGGAGACAAGAAUCAGCUUCUUCAAGAUCCGGAUGAGAUCUUCCUCCAACACAGUGCGUCGGUGAUAGCAACGCUCCAAGAUGCACUGCCUGUCCAUAUGAUUCCCAUGGCGAUGUUCCCAAUCCGCCAUGUUCCUUACAGCACGACAUUGAAAAUCAAUCGCGGUAAGUUGAGAGCGGAAGCUGAGCAGUUGAGCCCAGACCGGCUUCAAUGCUAUGCAGUGGGGGGAGACAGAAGCAACACCCCGAAGGAAUCUCCGGAAACUUCGUCUGAGGCGAUAUGGCAAGGACUGUGGGCUCAAGUCUUAUCAAUCCCAGCCGACCGCAUUGGACGGGACGAUCAUCUUUUCCGCAUGGGUGGAGAUUCUCUCUUGGCCAUCAAGCUUGUAGCUCUCGCGCACCGCGAAGGACUGCCCCAUAUCACAUUCCAAGAUAUUUUCAAACAUCCUCGAUUGAGGGACAUUGCUGCUUUAUCCACCGCCUCCAGUUCCGUCUCUGCUUCAAUCCAGGGCAGCUCAGGGUCGUCACCAUUUGCACUGAUAAAAGACGUCGAUACACUGGUCCAAAUGGCCGGCGAUCAAUGCGGUAUCUCUGUCGACAGAAUCGAGGAUAUAUAUCCGUGCACACCUCUACAGUCCUCUCUGAUCGCUUCCACUGUGCACCAUCGCGACGCCUAUCUAUUGUUGCAAUCCUACACUCUGGUAGACGGUAUCGAUGUUGAACGAUUGAAGAAAGCAUGGGAAUCUACCGCGGAAGCUCACCCUAUUCUUCGAACACGCAUUUUCCAGACUCCAGCUGGUGCCGCUUACCAAGUUGUUCUGAGAGGUCCACUGGAGUGGUUGAAUUUGGAACGGGAUGAUCCAAUGCCAUCUCAGCCUAUGGUAGGGUUGGGGACACCUCUCAUCCGGCUAAUACUCUCUCCAGGUCGCUUGCUUCUCUCCAUCCACCACGCACUAUACGAUGGGUGGUCCUUGCAUUUGCUGGCCAGCGAAGUGCAAAAGACAUAUAACAGUCUCCCCAUCCAACCGCCAGCGCUGUUCAACCGUUUCAUUGCGCAUGUCGUGGGCUCAAUGGACUCAGCAGCCUUGUUUUGGAGGAAAGAACUACAAGAUGCUGAUCCGGUUCACUUCCCUGUUUUACCCUCCCUGGACUACCGACCAAAGCCCAAAUGUUCCGUUGACAAGGUUGUCACUUUGGCCCCAAACACGACGCUGCACAAUGCGACAAUAGCAUCCAAGAUUAAUUUGGCUUGGGCAUUAGUGAGCAGCACAUAUACCCACAACGAUGAUGUUAUUAUUGGAGUAGUCUCAUCAGGGCGAACAGCCCCGGUCGUAGGGAUCGAGAAUAUUCUGGGGCCCACCAUCGCAACUGUGCCCCUGCGAGUUCGGGUGGAUCCCGGACAAAGGGUGUCCGAGGCCUUGGAGAAAGUUCAAGGAAAGUAUGCAAAGCAAGCGGCUUAUGAACAUUUUGGUUUGCAGCAAAUCAGCCAGCAGGGUGAUAAUGCGGCAGCGGCAUGUCAGUUUCAAACCCUGAUAACCGUGGAAUCAAAGCAGCUCAAUGAUCAGGCUCCUCGGGAAAAGGGAUCUUGGUACCAUGAUGAAGAGAUCCUAUCAGAUGCCAACCACUUCAGCAGCCAUGCAUUGAUGCUGCAAUGCCAGACGCUUCCUGGGGGGUCAACCAUUAAAGUCACUGCCACAUUUGACCCGGAUGUUCUACCACUCGCUCAAAUGCAGCGAGCCCUCUCGCAAUUUGAAUCUUUCCUGAUGCAGAUUCAGGAUGUUUCGGAUAUCAAUGCAACCACAAUUGGAGACUUGCAGGUCGUCAGUCCGCAGGACUUGAAAGAAAUGAUGAGUUGGAACCCCUUACCAUCACCAGCAGAUGAUCAUGUUGUCCUGUGCGUUCACGACCUGGUGCACGAAAAAUGCCAAAGCCAGUCCGAUGCCCAAGCCAUCCACGCAUGGGAUGGAGAUUUCACAUACAAAGAACUGGAUAACCAUGUUGCACGUCUAGCCAGCCACAUUCAAGCCCUUCACACUGUGCGCCCUGAUACAUUUGUCGCCCUGUACUUUGAAAAGUCGCGGUGGACCGUGGUAGCCCAAUUGGCCGUUCUCAAGGCUGGAGGAGCUUUUACUAUGUUAGAUCCCUCGCACCCUAUCGAACGUCUCCGGGAAAUCUGCAGCACUGUUCAGCCCCCUCUCAUCCUGGCAUCGGAAGAACAGCAAGACUAUGCUGCUGGUGUAUUCGAUGUGCCAGUGGUGGGAGUUGGCCAUGCUCUUCUGAACCAAGGAUCACUGCGUCUCGACUGCCCCAGCAGCAGUGUCAAGCCUAGCAAUGCCAUGUAUGCUAUCGCUACUUCGGGUACUACUGGCAAACCCAAAGUGGUGGUGAUUGAACAUCGAUCUUUCGUCGCCAACACUGAGCCCAUAAUCGAGAUGCUGGGUCUCACUGCGGAUUCUCGGGUUUUCCAAUUCGCAGGAUACAGCUUCGACGCCAUGCUUGUAGAACAUUUCUCUACGCUACUGGCAGGUGGCUGUAUCUGCAUUCCGUCCAAAUUUGAUCGUGAUAAUUUCUUGGACCAGGCGAUUACGGAGAUGAGUGCUAAUUGGGCGGUGCUGACUACAUCAGUCAUUCAGUCACUUUCGCCUGGCACUGUGCCCACAAUAAAAACUAUGGUUCAAGCUGGAGAGCCUAUGAAUCAGGGCAUCAUUGAUCGCUGGGCAUCUCAUGUGCGUUUAAUCAAUGCGUAUGGCCCAACUGAAUCCACCAUCUUCUCUUGUGCCAACAAAGAUGUCCGCCCAGACUCUAGCCCUCACGUUAUUGGCCAUGCCAAAGGUUGUGCGACUUGGAUUAUUGACCCGGAAACUCUCGAUCUCGUCCCCAUUGGGGCCGUGGGAGAAUUGGUCAUUGAGGGUGAAAUACUCGCCCGUGGGUAUUUGAAUGAUCCGGAACGAACUGCCUCCGCUUUUAUUCCCAAACCCACCUGGUUAAACAAUCUCAGAGGACAUGUCAGCGACAAGCCAGUAUAUAGGACAGGCGAUCUGGUGAAAUACACACCGCAUGGAUCUAUUUGCUACGUCCGACGCAAAGACCUUCAGAUCAAGCUCCGGGGUCAGCGACUGGAACUCACAGAUGUGGAGCAUCAAGUUCAGCGGUGUUUCCCAGGUGCCCUACAGGUUGUGGCGACUGUCACAUCUCUUAACAAAUCCAACGCCGCUCUGGUGGCCCUGGUCCUAUCCUCUUCUGCUCCGGUUCAGCCAUCGGCUGAUACUGAUCUCCUUCUACCGGCCACCAGCAGCUCCAAAUUCAUCAAAGACGCACGAACUGCCGAGCUGGCCCUUCAAGAACGAGUCCCUACAUAUAUGGUGCCCACUUUCUUCCUUCCGCUAUCUCGAAUUCCGCGAAACAUCAACGGAAAGGUCGACCGGCAUCAGAUAAACACACGCCUAGCCUCUCUGACUCGACAAGAGGCCGACAGCUAUAAUUCUUCCUCCAACACCUUGGUCCCUCCAGCGAACGAUCUCCAAAGUGCUAUCCGCGCCAUCUGGGCUGUUGUUCUCAGUAUAGCCCCUGAGGAAAUUGGCAUUCACAACAGCUUUUUCCGCAUCGGUGGUGACUCCAUCACUAGCAUGCAAGUGGUUGCCCAAUGUAAGACUGCAGGGAUCUCCAUGACGAUGCAAGAUCUCUUCAAGCACCGGACAAUUGAGCAACUGGCGGAGCAUAUCAACCGAUCGAGUCCCAAAGAUGGGGCUGAGGUGGUUCGACCCGAACUGUUGGAGAUCUUCGACAAGGCAGUGGACUUGUCCCCUAUUCAACAGAUGUACUUCGACUUUGCCCCCGAGAACCCGAAUCACUUCGUCCAGAGUCUCAUUCUGCGCCUGGGAAGGUCGAAUCUGAAUGGUGAAACGGUCACCCGGGCUCUUGAUACUGUAGUAGAGACCCAUUCCAUGCUCCGGGCUCGUUUCAAGAAGUCACUGGAUGGCAAAUGGACUCAGAGCAUUCCGACCAACGCAGAGGGGAAACACUAUUAUUAUCAUGAUUGUGGUACCCAAUCGCAAAAGGCGAUAGAAUCCAUCUGUCGCAGAAGUCAGCAGACCUUGGAUAUCCAACAUGGGCCUUUGUUGAUUGUGAACCAGUUUGUACGGGAAGACGAUGGAACCCAAUGCCUCAAUCUCAUAGCUCAUCAUUUAGUCAUCGAUCUUGUGUCAUGGAGAGUGAUUCUAGCCGACCUCGAGCAAAUUCUGGCCACAGGCCUGGCACCAAAAGUGCCUCCUACACCCUUCUUGCAUUGGUGUCAACUCCAGGCUGACUAUGCAACUCGCUCUCUCCCUAUCGUUCGGGAUGAAGAUGACCAGAAAAUCACGGCAUACUGGGGAGAUGAGGUGACCAACCACAACACCCACCAGGAUGUUGACACUUACACGAUCAGUCUCGAUCAGGAGGCCAGCCAAGUUUUGCUAGGUAUUGCGAAUGACCCUUUGAGUACGCAGCCAGUGGAUAUCAUUCAGGCUGCCGUGUUGCACUCUUUCGUCCAACUCUUCCCGGACCGGCCAGCUCCUGUUGUUUUCUCUGAAGGCCACGGUCGUGAGCCAUGGGAACCCACGAUCGAUAUCACGCGAACUGUGGGCUGGUUUACCACGAUAUGGCCCACCUCGGUAGCCCUGCAAGCAUCCGAGGGGAUGGUGACCGCUCUUCGGCGAACCAAGGAUGCUCGUCGCAGUACCCCGGCCAACGGGUGGGAGUACUUCACCUCUUGUUACCUUCAUCCGCAGGGCCCGAAGAUAAGAAGGGCAGUGGAGAUUCUUUUGAACUACCAAGGUCGGUAUCAGCAACUGGAACGCGCCGAUGCGUUGCUGAAAUUCGACGCAGCCAAUCGCUUUGGCGCUGGGAGUGAAGUGGAAAAUAUGCCUCGGUUUUCCUUGCUGGAUGUGUCCGCUCAAGUGACUGAUGACUGCUUGCAUCUGCAGUUCCUUGUUAAUCGUCGGAUGAAGCAUCAGGAUCGCCUCCAGCAGUGGGCAGGGCAGUGUGCACAAUCUCUUCGUGAGGCAUGUAUACAGUUGUCCGCAAUGCAAGGCUGCUACCAAACUGUUUCUGAUUUCCCUCUACUUUCUGGCAUCCACUCAGACCAGCUACAUCGAUUUAUGACAGACUUGGCCCCCAAACUUCACGGCCAGGUGAUUGAGGCUAUUUAUCCGACCGCUCCGGUCCAGCGUGGAAUUCUCAUGAGCCAGGCACGCAACCCGCAGCAUUACCAACAAGUAGUCAAAUGGAAAGUAUCUCCAACUGACGCGACUGCUGGUGUGCCCAUUGAUAUUGAGGAGCUGGCUCGAGCAUGGCAGCGGGUGGUUGAUCGCCAUCCUGCCCUUCGAACAAUUUUCUUGGAGAUAUCUGAUGAAGGGAUUACCCAUCAGGUUGUGUUGAAGGGUGUCUCAGCAGCAAUUCGGUACGAGUCUACAUUGCUAGAGCGGGAUGAUGAUCGAAUUUGUCCCUCCUCGGUACUGCACAUGGAAACGUCAGCACAAGGACACAUUAUGCUGAAUCUGUCUAUCAAUCACGCCCUCUUUGAUGGACAUUCCGAGCGAAUCCUUAGGCGCGAACUGGCCCUGGCCUACGGGGAUAAUCUACCGCUACUUCCUGCGCCGCCCUAUCAAGAUUACAUCACAUACUUGUACAGCGCAGAUGGAUUUGGCAGUACUGAUGAAGUCUACUGGCGCAGCUAUUUGGAAUCCUCGUCGCCCUGUCUAUUCCCUCGACUCUUGGGCGACGCAGAGACUGAUCAGAACCAUGAAAAAAUAGAAGAGUUUGGGUCCUUCAUCAUCGAACUCGGCUCUACCACCACCGUGGAUGAGUUUUGCGAGGAGCACAGAGUUGCGCUGACUACCGUGUACCAUAUUGUCUGGGCGAUUGUGUUGUCGGGUUAUACUGGCGCAACAAAUGUUUGCUUUGGGUACUCGGUCAAUGGACGAAGCGCUCCUGUCCCUGGCAUUCAGGAUAUUUUCGGUCCUAUAAUCAACACACUCAUAGGGAGAUUGCAACUGCAACCGGAUGCUCCCUUGUUGUCAGUGCUCCAGCAAUAUCACGACGAUCGUCUCAAUAGCUUGGACCAUCAGCAUCACUCACUUGGGGAGACACUACAUGCAAUUGGCGCAUCCGGCAGCGGGCUGUUUAACACUGUCAUCUCCGUUCAAGAUCGGCGCAGAGGCAUUGCAGAGAUUGCCCCCUCAUCAACCAUUGCUGUGGCUGAGGUUGGCACGGAAGAUCGUUCCGAGGUAAGAAUCCACUUUGACUUGUGCAUCAUUCAAUUCACUUGUGCAUCAUUCAAUUCUCUUUAUGCUGACAAUGGAAUUUCUACACAGUACCCUGUGACCCUCAAUGUUGCAGUGUUUGAGAAGACCACAAAAGUACUGUUUUCCUAUCAGAAAUCAUUCAUUGCCCCAAAGUACGCGGUGGCAAUCGGACAGACCUUUGCCAAUGUUAUGUCGCAAGUGCUCUCUCAGCCGUGCCAAGCUAUCCGUGAUAUUGAGUUACUCGAUGAUGUGCAGAGGGCUGACAUUAAAAAUCGGAACGCCCUCGUCCCAGAAACUGUGACAACCCUUGCGCAUCAUACAAUUCAGCAACGGUCUCUCGAGCAGCCCAGUGCUCAGGCUGUCUGUGCCUGGGAUGGUAAUUUCACCUAUGAGGAGCUCAAUGAGCUUUCCUCAAUUCUUGCAGAGGAACUGAUCAACCACGGUGUGGGUAUCGAAACGCCGAUUCCUCUAUAUCUGGAGAAGACUCGGUGGACACCAGUGGCAAUUCUUGGGGUAUUAAAAGCUGGUGCCACCUUUGUUCUCUUGGAUGCUUCUCAGCCUUCCGCUAGACUUCGAGCCAUCUGUGAGGACACUAAGUCGUCUCUUGUCCUGGCGUCGUCAUGCUUGCUUUCCAAAGCUGCCGUUCUGUCGUCUUGUGUAAUUGAGAUUGGGGACCGUCUGCUUACAGUCUUGCCACAUACUGUUUGUUCGCCAAUUGUUGAGGUGAAUGCAGAUCAUGCGGCAUACAUUGUUUUUACCUCCGGCUCGACCGGAAAGCCCAAGGGCAUUGUCGUUGAUCACUUCUCGCUGUCCACUUUUCUUCAAAAUACGGUAUCACGCUGCAACUUCACUUCAAGGCAUCGCAUUCUCCAGUUCGCAUCACAUGCUUUUGAUGCCUCUGUUUUCGAUGUGCUUGUUCCUUUGGUAGUUGGCGGGUGCGUCUGCAUCCCUUCGGAUGAAGAACGUACGGGCGGUAUCACUAGCGCAAUGAAGCGAAUGAGAGUGAAUUGCUCACUUACAACCCCCACUGUUGCCCGGUUGUAUGAUCCUGACGAGCUGCCGGAAUUGGAAACUUUAAUCCUCGCAGGUGAGGCUGUCUCCGCCGCAGAUUUGGCAAUUUGGCAUGGGAAAGCCCGUGUUCUCGUUGGGUACGGUCCUGCUGAAUGUACUGUUCUCAGCACCAUCAGCGAGCCCAUGACCAUGACCAGCAACCCUCGGAGCCUUGGAUUUGGUAGCGGAUGUGUGACAUGGGUCAUGGACCGCAAUAAUCACUGCCAGCUGGCUCCCGAUGGGGUGGUAGGGGAGCUCUUGGUGGAGGGACCGAUUGUCGCUCGCGGCUAUCUCAACAAUCCGCAAAAAUCCUCCACAUCAUUUGUCAAGCCUCCAGGUUGGCUAGCUGCUCUUCGGGAGGGUGGGCCACCCGUGCGACUGUACAGAACAGGGGACUUGGUGCGAUAUGCUGAGGAUGGAUCACUGAUUUUUAUCGGUCGCAACGACGAUCAGGUCAAGAUUCGUGGCCAGCGGCUGGAAAUCGGUGAAGUCGAAGUGCAAGUUGCUCGUGCAUUUUCUGGGGACCACGUUCUUGUCGAGUUCGUUAAGAAAUCAGACUCCGCUAUCUUAGUGGCAUAUGUGCUGCAAAGCGACAAUGAGGGGGGGUCUUCGAGCGACAGCCAUAGUGCCCUCCUCCACCCACCUUCAAAGACCUUUUAUGACUGCACGCGCACUGCAGUUUCUCUGCUACAAAAGGCCAUGCCAUCUUAUAUGGUCCCUAGCGCCUUCCUUCCCUUGGCCGUGCUGCCAAAGGGCCCCACGGGUAAGACAGAUCGGAAGCGUCUGCGAGAACAUGCCGCUUCCAUGUCACAAACCGAGCUCGAAGCCUACAGCAUAAUCGCCACGUCCAGAAGAGCUCCUUCCACGCCUCUGGAAACUCGUCUCCAGGUGCUUGUAGCGCAUGCGCUCAACAGAUCCCCCGCCGAUAUUCCAUUAGAGGAAGACUUGUUCCAGAUUGGAAUGGAUUCUUUCAAGGCAAUGACUCUGGUAGCGUCAGCUCGUCGAGAUGGUGUCUAUUUCUCAGUACAAAUGCUCUUCCAGUAUCCGCGCUUAUCCGAGUUGGCCAUUGCACUCGAUGAGAAGCCAGAUGUCAAUCGCACCCCAGUCCAGCCAAGUCCUUUACUGGAAUUUGCGGAUGAGAUUUGCGCGGAGUGGCACUUAGAUCGAAAUGAAGUGGCCAACAUCAUCCCAGCCACCUACUAUCAGCGAGAUUCGGUCAAGACACACUAUAUCGGGCAUAUGACCGUUCACUUCUCCAAGCCAAUCGAUCAGGUGAGGCUUAAGAGUGCCUUAGUUGCGACGCUGGAAAUGCAUUCGGUACUACGAACGGCUUUCGUUCCAUUCCAAGAUACCUUUGUGCAGGUCGUUCUACGCCACCUUGAUCUAACGAUUGAAGAGAUUAGCACCGAGGAAGAUCCCAAGGAGGUUAUACAAUCAAUCUGCCGCGCAGAUGGGAUGAAACCGAUUGCAUUUGGGAGGCCUGGCCUGCAUCUGUCCAUGGUCGAGGGAAGAGACCGUCUUUCCAUAUCGUUGAGAAUGAACCAUGCCCACUUCGAUGGAACGUCAAUAUUCUUUAUACUUCAAGAAGCCGCUGCUCUCUAUGCGGAUUCGAAGUCGGUCUUCCCCUAUAGUCUAGACUACUCCGACUUUAUUGCUCAUCGUGUGCAACGGACCACUCCGGCGACUUUCUCGUUCUGGCGCGAUCUGCUCCAGGGCUCUUCGAUGACAUAUCUUGGCCAAAAUGACGACGGCAUGGGGCGUCCCGACCGAUCGCGCACGGAACUUCUAGCGAGUAGCUCGGGUAGUAUGCCUUUGCCCGAUGUCCAGAGUGGCAUCACCGUGGCCACUGUAGUCAAAGCCGCUUGGUCUCUUUGUUUGGCACAAUAUGCAAACUCCAAAGACGUGGUCUUCGGCCAACUCUCCACGAAUCGUGCGUUGGACAUCGAGGGAAUUGACCGUAUGGUAGGCCCCGGUGUGAACUACGUCCCUGUUCGAGUUACUUUGCAGUCAGACUGGACCGCAAAGGAGCUCUUCCGCUGUGUUCAGGAGCAGCACAUCCGUGCAAUGUCACAUGACACGGCUGAUUGGGAUGAGAUCGUAGCUCAAAGCACCUCGUGGCCCCAAGACACGCCGGUAGGAACUGGAGUUCACUACUUGGCUGCGCCACCGCUUUGGAAUCACGAUUAUCAAUUUGCUGGGGAAAUUCCAGCUCGAAAUGAGCAUAUCGAUGUCAAGAUGGCCCACACCUACCCCAUGCUAAUGUGCGUGCCAAUCCCAGCGGAAGGAGACGGCCCACCCAUGCUG